CUAACUGACAGUAACUGACACUUUAGCCUGCAGGGAUGAAGUCAUAAAGCCCAAGGAGAUAGCCAGUCUCUCUUAUCUUCCUAUCAAAGGACACCUGCUCCUCCACCUUUGUGACCCACACUCAGGCCACACAAAUGUCUCUAGGAAGCUACCAAACCAAUCACUAAAGUUUCCUGCUUGUCAUUUUUUGCACGGAAGCCAUAGAUCUUUGGAUGUGGCUUGCCUCUUGUUAUAGAAGCUCAACUAAGUACUUCAGCACUGUUGAGCAACUUAAUAGUCGGCCGCUUGCUUUCUAAACUCAGUGGUUGGAGGCAGACUUUGGUUAGGUGGUUAGGAGAGACUUUGAAAUAGAUUGUCCCCUUGAAAUCAACAGGACUGAAUCUAACAGAUCUCACUGAUUUUAGUGGCACAGCUUUGAACCAACCCAUUGACUGGAAAGACCAAUCGAUUUUAAAACCAAAUUAGUCAGCUUGAUCCAUUUAGACCAAUUGCAAUAUAUACUUUGCAUUUUUUUCUGUUUGGGAUAGGGAAAAAAAUCUUCAAAAUUUGCUACUUUCUUCUCCCGCUGUUUGAAGUCUCUGUCUUCCACAUAUGUACAUCUCUGUCAUUUUACCUGAUUUAGUGAGUGAUGCUCCUUCUGUUUUCCCCAUCAAAGAAGCAGGGCUCUAUAAACAGUUGAGUGACAUGGAAUACAGGGAUCAAAUUAAACUGCACGCUCAAAUCUAUCUUAGGGAAUCAAUCUGUUUGUGUGCAUCAGUGACAAGAGGGUCUCCUGCUUGUGCAGGGGCGUGGACUAGAAAAGGUCCUUUCCAAUUCUUGUUAAUUUGUUAUUUGGGAGAACAAAGGAGCCAUUGAGCGUCCCUAGGGGACUACAGAAAGCUAAAUGUCACGUUGUGGUGGGGAACGAUGAGUAAUAAAAUGAAACGCUCAUGAAAGGGGUGAUCCGAGCCGACAACCGCUUUGUUAGGAAUAUUAUGCCUGGGUUGCAAAACUUUCAAACGACCACUAGAUGGAGCAGCAACAUAUAGUAAACUUUGAUCUUCUGCUGCCCUCCAGCGGUCUUUCAAUUUCAUGCAGCACCAGCCCCUUCGGAAAAGCAGGAAAUCAAGCAGGCUUUUGCAAAGAACAAAACGCGCCUUUGGUUUGCACCGGGGGCUUCCAAGGAAACCUUGCCUGGUUAAAAAGACGCGUUCGCAUCUUUAUGCAGACGUUGUCUGCAAAGCCCCGGCGGUUGCUCAAGACGGAGCACGUGUUUCCAAGAGGAACCGGAAAUGAAGGGCGCGAAAGACCAGCCUCUUUUUUUCCUACCUCGGAGAAUCCGAGGCGCCGUUGUCGACGGCUAGAGCGGCAAGUUAAAGUGUUGCAAGGAAGCGUAGCGAUCUCCGUCUCCUGUACUCUGGAGGACGGACUUUGUGGUAGGAUGAUUAAGGAAGCCUGAAUCGCUUUCCACGGGGAACCAGGUUGUUGAAGAAUGUUUGUUCCCAGAUCUCUCAAAGUCAAGAGGAAUGCUGUUGAUGAGGAGUGUUGUGUCGCAAAAAAAUCCAAAUCUUCCCAAAAUGAAUCUGCAUCUGAAAAGCCUACAGAACUUGGAGAUUCUAGUUCUGACAUCAUAAAUGCAGCAAAUGUUGAGACUGAUUCACUGAAAUCAAUAGAAGGACACAGUGUGCCACAGAUAUUUUUAGAUUCAACUCUGGCCCUUACUGAAUCAGAGUCAGAAAACAAUGAGGACUCUUGUAAUACAGAAGAACCCAUAAAAUCUUUCAGUAAAACUCAGCGUUGGCCACAAUCUGGGGAACCUGUAUGCGUGGUCUGUGGUCGGUAUGGGGAGUACAUCUGUGACAAGACUGAUGAAGAUGUAUGUAGUUUGGAAUGUAAAGCCAAGCACCUUCUACAAUUCAAAGGGGAGGAGGAAAGCUCAAAGCCUACUAAGAGUGAACAAGCCAUCUCUCAGCUCACCUUCCCUGAUGCUGCUUAUGCAUAUGAAGAGAACGAAUUCCUGUUAAGCCUUGAGGAUGAACAGAUCGAGAGUUUAAAACAGCAGCUGGGCAUAGCUGUUGAAGGGCAAGGAGUUGCAAGACCCAUUGUUGAGUUUGAACAUUGUGGCUUCCCAGAAAUUCUCAGCAGCAAUUUAAAAAAAGCAGGCUAUGAAGUCCCAACCCCUGUCCAGAUGCAGAUGAUUCCAGUUGGGUUACAGGGCAGGGAUAUUGUGGCAACUGCUGACACCGGCUCAGGGAAAACUGCAGCUUUCCUGCUUCCUGUUAUAAUUAAAGCUUCAGAAGAGGCUGACACUUUGUCUGCUCUUAUUCUGACACCGACAAGAGAAUUAGCUAUACAGAUAGAGAAGCAAGCUAAAGAGCUCAUGAUUGGUCUACCAAAUAUGAGAACUGUUCUUCUGGUUGGAGGAUUGCCUUUACCGCCCCAGCUUCAUCGCCUGAAGCAAAAUGUUAAGGUAAUCAUAGCAACACCUGGAAGGCUCCGAGAAAUUCUAAAGCAAUCCUCUAUUCAACUUCAUAAUAUUAAAAUUGCGGUUGUUGACGAGGUUGAUACCAUGUUAAAGAUGGGCUUCCAGCAGCAGGUGUUAGAAAUUUUGGAAAAUAUUCCCAAUGAUCAUCAAACCCUCUUGGUGUCAGCCACAAUGCCUUUAAGCAUUGAACAGCUGGCAAGCCGACUUCUGCAGAAUCCAGUGAAAAUUACAGUCGGAGAAAAGAAUCUGCCGUGUUCCAAUAUUCGCCAGAUUAUUUUGUGGAUAGAAGAGCCUUCCAAAAAGAAAAAGCUUUUUGAAAUAUUAAAUGAUAAGAAACUUUUUAAGCCUCCGGUACUGGUAUUUGUGGAAUGUAAGUUGGGUGCUGAUCUUCUGAGUAAUGCUGUUCAUAAAAUCACAGGUUUACAGACAACAUCGAUGCAUGCUGAGAAAUCACAGUCAGAAAGAACUGCAAUUUUACAGGGAUUAUUGCAAGGGAAAUAUGAAGUUGUAGUAAGCACCGGAGUCCUUGGGCGUGGACUUGACCUUGUCAAUAUUAAGCUGGUGGUGAAUUUUGACAUGCCAUCUAGCAUGGAUGAAUAUGUGCACCAGGUUGGAAGAGCAGGUCGGUUGGGUCACAAUGGAACUGCAAUUACAUUUAUUAAUAAUAACAGCAAGAGACUUUUCUGGGAUGUGGUAAAGCGAGUUAAACCAACUGGCACCAUUCUUCCACCUCAGUUAUUAAAUUCUCCAUAUUUACAUGACCAAAAGCGGAAAGAACAAUUGAGGAGCAAAGAUCAUCAGAGUAAUCUUGUAACUGGGGAUAAUCUUAUGGACAUUAUUAGAAAACAUGAUAAAAGUACGUCUCAAAAGUAACAGGCUAUAUUUAAAAAUAUAAUUUGUUUAUGUUAACUUGUUUUAUAUACAAAAUUUUAAUCCAUUUCUAUGGAUGUGCUUCAAUAAAAACAUAAGUUUGUAGCCCCAUUAAUUCAAAAUGAGAGAGUUAUGCAAGAUAUUUUUUUUUCCAUUUAAAACGAUGUUUAAUUUUGGUGAGAGCUGACAGUUUAUACAUCUCCAUACUUAUGAGGUAUCAAGAGUGCUAUUUUAGCAAGAGAUUAAUUUUGUUAACUGGAGAUAAUGAUUUAUCUUUGGUCAUUUUAUACAGUAUUUCAUUAAGGGCUUAGACCUCAGGUUAAAUGGCAAAAUACAUAUGUAUUUUCAAUGGCUGGGUUUAGUGCAAUAUAUGUAGAGAAACGGAAUCAGGAAAUCUCAUUCACCGUUACCAAAUAUUACAGAAUUCCAUAUAUUCAUUUAUUUAUUAGCAAAUAAUCCUGCCAAAUCUGAGGGUAAAGGUGGUAUUUAAGCAGUCAUGAUCUAAUUUAAGAUGUGCCUGGUGAACUGAAAUGCUUUGUGCAAAAUAAGCAAUUGGUUCUGAAUUUAUUUCUUGAAGUGGCUAGUUAGAGCUUGGAAAAGCAAAAAACUGUAGGAAGCAUAGAGAGUAACUGAAGUAUGGAUUAAAAUAAAGGCUCUGCUAGUGUUAAACUUAUUUAAAAUGUACAUUUAAGUUCAAAUUCAAAAGAUGUUGAGACAAGAAACUGGUCAAAUACUUCUGAAAGAUAUUAUUUAUUCAGUUGUAUCUGUUAGGAAGGAUUAAGGGGCAGGCCCAUUAUAGUACAGGGGAGAUUAAUCUUUUUUUCUUACAAGUAAUUAUUUCCAGUCCCAGUUCAGACUGAUAGUUAAUUGGGCAAAUAAAUUCAAUUUACAUGUUUCAGAUUUCUUGCCUGGACAGGAAGGGCCUCCGAAAUUGAAAAGGGGCAGAAAGAUCGUGAUUCUGAGCCAGCUAUUCUUUUUCUCCCAUUAGAGUCUGGAUUAGUUACCUAUUCAAUUUAGUAAUGAGAAAUCUCUAGAAUGAGUAAUUGUACCCAUUGAGUUUCUUGUUUUGACAUUAAAACAUGCAAAGAUUAUUGGCUACCUGACUGAACAGUAAUACAAGUGUACAGAAGAACUGCAGCAGCAUACAUAUUUAACACACAAGUAGUGUGAGCUUCAAUUUUAGGCAUCGUUAAUGGAGGCAUAUCAGCAAGAGAUUUCUAGUUUACCAAAUCUUUGCAAGACAACAUCUAGCCAAUAAUGAGUGUUGAGCUAGAUCAGACUUUCCCAGUCUGGAUAUUUUCAAGAUAGGUGGACGUUAAUUUCUCAGAUUUUUGGCAGUAUUCAUGUUGGCUGGGAAUUCUUUUGAUUACAUCUGCACAUUGUUUAUUUAUUACAAAUAAUUAUAUACUUGCAUGGGCCUAUGGAGGGCAUAGAGUUGAGUUGGGGAAAGCUGGAUGAGACUGACCCAACAGUUCACCUCAGUAUAAAACAGCUUAAAAUGAAUAUUGAUGAUUACAGUGGAGGUAGAGUGCUUUUAAAAAGAAAAAAAGGAGUACAAAUCUUGAACUUGAGAUACACUGACUGAAUUGUGCAAUCAAAUUGGUGUCAACUCUUACCAAACACAUAGAUAGACUACUUCCAGCAUGUCCUUCAGGUCUUCCAAUGGUGCUGUAAUUAAAUCCAUUUUGUUGCUAUUCAUCCAUUUAAUUGCUUAUUUGUACCCUAUGACUAUCAUUAAGUAUUGUACCUUAUGAUUCUUGACGAAUGUAUCUUUUCUUUUUAUGUACACUGAGAGCAUAUGCACCAAAGACAAAUUCCUUGUGUGUCCAAUCACACUUGGCCAAGAAAGAAUUCUGUUCUAUUCUGUUCUAUUGUUCUAUUCUGUUCUAUUCUAUUCUAUUCUAUUCUAUUCUAUUCUAUUCUAUUCUAUUCUAUUCUAUUCUAUUCUAUUCUAUUCUAUUCUAUUCUAUUCUAUUCUAUUCUAUUCUUUCUAAUUCUAUUCUUCUCUUUCAUUUCAUCUUUUCAAGCGUUAUAGACUUCUCAAGUGAUAUCUACCUACCUACCUACCAACCAUCAAACAAACUGUCUAUAAAACCCAUGUUAUAAAGCUGUAUGAGUUUUUAAUUGUCACAUUUUUUAAUUUGUAGAAGAAAAAUGGCAUUCUAUUUUGCUUUACUUUUUAAUGAAAUUCAAAUAAAGAGUUAAUAUUUUUAUUCUA